AUGGCUACGGAAUAUAUACAAGGCCUGAUUUCAAAUGCUAACUUUUCAUCAGAAAUUAUUGAUACAAUAAAAGAUUCCAUGGAAGGGUUUAUGGGAAGCUUUACAGAUCAAAUAAAUGCCAAUCCCAAAUUAUUAAGCGAUAUACGGCAAAGAUUCAAAGCAAAGCAGCCUAAGCCUCCAGUUGAAGAGCCUCCUCAUAAGCCUCCCGUUAUAGACAAAGCAACCCGAGAUUUGCAGCUCUUACUUCAUAAAUUUCUCAAAAAAUUUAUUUUAAAAAUUUAUUUAAUCACCAAAUUACUCCAAAAAAUAUUUUUUUCAAAAAAAUUGUCAGGGAGUUAGAACAUCAGCUUAAAAUUGAUGUAAAUAAAGAAUUCACAAAAAAACUCAAAGAAGAACGCCUGGAGCGCGAACGCCGUAUCAAAGAAAGAGAAGAAAAACAAACCAAAAAACUCCUCGACGAAAUCGAAGAAAAGAAUAAAGAACGUGAGGACUACUAUUUACAGCAAGAGCUUGAAAAACAAAAAAGAAUUGAAGAGCUUAAACAAAGAGCAGAAGAGCGCAAAAAAGACAUAGAGACCCGAAAAGAAAUCGGACAAAAAGAAUAUCAAAAAGUCGUCAGCAAUAAGCCUCUAUUUAAACAAAUGGAAGACAAAUUUAACCAACAAGUCCUAAUGCCGGAGCUUGAAAAGAAAAAAGCUGAGCUCGCUAAAAAAAGAAUGCUGUUUCAGCCUAUUAACCCACAAGAAAUAUAUGAGCAUUCUAAGAAAAUCAAUGAAAUAAGGAAAGAACAAGAGCAAAGACGUCAAAAAGAACUAGUCCAGCGUUCUUUAGAAGAACAGGUAAACUUUUUAUCCCCAAAUUUACAGUCACAUUUUACAGAAGCCAUUAUGGAAGAAGAAAGAAGAAAACGAGAAGAAGCUGAAAAGGUAAAAGAAGACGUUAUAAAUAGAAAACUAAAAAUGAUGCAGUAUGCUGAUUUAGUCAAAGAGAUGUUUCAGCCUAGCGUUGAUAAAAGUAAACAAACUGAGCUUGAAGAAAGGAUUGAAAAAAUCAAGACAAAACCGAGAAAAAUGGUAAAUAAAACCAGCGUAAAAAGCUGGUCUGGGAGGGAAUCAGGAAAUGAAAAUGAAGAAACUGGCUCAGAAGGGGCCAUUUCUAAGCCGAAAAAAUGGAAAAGAAAGCCACUAGAUUUACCACCUGGGAAACCGCCUAAAAAAGAGUUUAUUAAAAUUGACUAUUUGGCAGAAAUGAGGAAGGAAAAAGAUGGCAAAGACCCAUUGCCUUCAAGAGCUGUAAAUUUAAACUGGGAACAUGAGCUUGAAGACGAAAAUUUAACACCUGAAGAAAAAGCUAAUAGAAUUAGACAUAAAGCAGAAUUAAUGGAAAAGAAAGCAAGGAUACAGGAAUUUAAUAUUGGGAAAAUGAAUAUCCAAAACCAUCAAGGCAUUGAAGCAACUGAGCAGGUUAACGAUAUGAUUAUUGGGUCUAUUAAAGCGAAACUUGCAUUACUACAACAAGUUACUGGUAAAUAA